AUGGCUGCAAAGGAUGAAGAUGGACUGCCGCUAUAUUUCUUCGACCACGACUGGAUCGUGAAUUACAGUGGCACCCUUGGCCAUCUACAUUCACAUAACGUACUCUUCUAUUUCCUGCAGUCACCUUUUUGUGCUCCUAUUUCAGGCAACCAAGCAAUUGCCGCACAGUAUUCUGGUGACCCAGCGCUUGAGCAGAAAUACCUAGCCACUAAACAAAAGUUCGAAGCUGAGCUACAGAAACACACAGGUAUUCAAUAUGUUGUAGAGAUCGAUGCAUUGGAGAAUCCAAGCCACUUCAAGGGCCCUAAUGGCGAGGAGUUUUCACACUUCUGGUCAAUCAGGGCUCAGGAUCGUUAUGGAACUGGGAAAAACGACUACAAAGUGCUAGGCUACUACUACAUUCUGAACGAAGUCAUCUUUCCAGCUCCUCGGCUUGAGAGUAUCUUCGACCAUCGCAUGCUAAACUCUCUGCUGACAAUGAAUAAGCUUCUGAAGACGGCAGCAGAACUGCCGACGUUCUCUGCAUCCUAUGGCUACACUUAUUUUCCUUCCGGCCAAAAGACCACAACAACAGCUCCAAAUGAUGUACGACAAAGUGCAGCGGGAACACCAAUGCCAGACCGGGAUGGGACAACUAGUCUUCGCGACCUUGAUCUAGCCGGCCAUUCAGCUAAGCAAACCUCUAACGAACGAACUCUAGUCAAUGCCUUGAAUUUGACCAGACAAUUUGCAGGACAGUUCUACGACGACGCGCCGCUAAUCGGAGAGCCUGGCUCUUUUCGACAUGGAAGAACGAAAGAUCCUGUCGCUAGUCUCAAGGUUGCAGACAAUAAGUCAAGAGCUCCAUCCGUUGCGAACAGUCCAGUGCCUCCCGCUCAAUCGGUCAAACCAUCUUCGAUACCUGCUUCUCCCGAUACUCGAGCCUUGACGAACGACGGGGAGGAAGCUGUAAAGCCAAAGCCAAAGCGAAAGAGGAGCACGAUACCUAAUGACUUUGUCUGA